CUUUUCUCAAACAAAACUCAUGCGUCAUUAAAUCACUUUUUUCUUACGGGGGCGUGAGGGAAGAGAGGAGGGAGUCUUCAGGCUUUGCAGGGGCAGAGAGCGCUGUGACGUUGUUUCUGGUAGCAUUCGGAGUCUCUCUUUGCAACGCUGUGCUGGUGUUUUGUGUCAUUUCUAGGCCACCGUUGCUGUCGUUUUUUUUUUUUGCUUUUUUGUGUGUUUCCAAUUUGUGGUGCCAUUGUUCGACUUAAUUUUCCCCAAAAACCACUCCGGCCCUCGCCCAUCACUAGCUUUGUGUCUUGUUUCAUGUAAUUUUCAACAGUUGUUCCCUGGUGGUUUUGUGUGACGCGCAGGGCAGCAGGAUCCCUGCUGUGGACAGAAGAUGUUAAGUAUGUGGGUGUGUGAGGAUACACACACAAACAUACACACACAAUUUGCCUCUGAUGUAUGGAAGACAGUCUGAGUGGUCUUGCUGGUUUGCAGGCACUUUCACAUGUUCAUUUGCUCAUAUUUAUGUUUGUUUGUGUGUCAUGCUGCAUGUGGGAGCGAGCGCUCUGUGGCAUGUGUGAAUCUGCUCAUACAGUGGUGUGAAGCAGCUGGUCUGUGCAGCAACACACUCAGAGAAGACAAAAUUACACCCGGUUUAAAUGUCGCUUUGGGCACUUGGCUGAAAUGGUUCAAAAUGGCGCAACAAUGGGAGGUACUCCAUUUUUGAACUGUACCCGCUGGCUGCUCCCAGCGAUGACAUUUUUAAGGACAAAAUGCAACAUUUGUUAAUGCACCGAAGUCCGAAUGUGAAUAUUUUCUACUUUUCCAAUUGUGGAUAUUCUUGCCUGUGUCGUUGUUGUUUGUGCGUAAGCAGGUUUACGUGUGUGUUUGUAUGUGGAUGUGCUUGUGAGCAAGUUUGGUUGAGCUGUGGACAAAAGGGUUGAACUGAGAGCGCAGGGGCCGGCCGACCUCUCCUGGACAUCAUCCUCCCUUUUUCUUUUUUUUUAAGAGGUUCACAUGUUGUAAUGUGAACAGGACUUUUUUUAAAGAGUGGACUUGACAAAGCGCCUGGUCAUGGAGAUAGUGAAGGUGUGGAGCGAGGAUGGGGCCGGUAAAGUGGUGGAGAUCCCGGCGGACAUGACGGCCAGAGAUGUGUGUCAGCUCCUGGUCUACAAGAGCCACUGUGUGGACGACAACGCCUGGACGCUGGUGGAGCACCAUCCUAUCCUCGGCCUUGAGAGAUGCCUGGAGGACCACGAGCUGGUGGUUCAGGUUCAAGCCUCCAUGAGCAGCGACAGUAAAUUCCUCUUCAGGAAGAACUAUGCCAAAUAUGAAUUCUUCAGGAACCCCCUGAACUUUUUUCCAGAGCAGAUGGUGGCUUGGUGUCAGGAGUCUGAUGGUUCAAUCCCUCAGUCACAGCUCUUACAGAACUUUCUGAACUCCAGCAGCUGUCCAGAGAUCCAGGGCUAUCUGUACGUGAAGGAGCCUGGACGUCGGUCCUGGAAGAAGCUCUACAUGUUCCUGCGACGCUCCGGGCUCUACUACUCUACUAAAGGAACAUCCAAGGAGCCUCGACACCUGCAGCUGCUGUCAGAUCUGGAGGACAGUAACAUCUUCACCAUCAUCACAGGCAGAAAACUUCACAAUGCUCCCACAGACUACCAGUUCUGCAUCAAGCCCAGCAAAGUGAGGAGCGACUGUAAGGAGCUGAAGAUGCUGUGUGCUGAGGACGAACAGAGCAGGACGUGCUGGAUGACCGCCUUCAGACUGCUCAAAUACGGGAUAGUACUGUAUCAGAGCUACAACGUCCCCCAGCAGAGGAAGUCUAACCUCUCACCUUUCCCAGCACCUGUGCGGAGUGUAUCUGAGAACUCCCUGGUCGCCAUGGACUUCUCCGGGCGGACCGGGCGCGUCAUCGACAACCCCGUGGAGGCCCAGAGCGCCGCCCUGGAGGAGGGGCAGACCUGGAGGAAACGGAGCCAGCGUAUGAAUGUCCUGGGCAGUCCCAGCCCUCUGCACCCAUCCUCUCUGAGCACAGUGAUCCACAGGACACAGGUAUGGUUUCAUGGUCGCAUCAUGAGAGAGGAAGCCCACAAAAUGAUCAUUCAACAAGGCCAAGUAGACGGGUUAUUCCUGUUGCGGGACAGUCAGAGCAAUCCCAAGGCGUUCGUGCUCACCUUGUGCCACCACCAGAAGAUCAAGCACUUCCAGAUCCUCCCGUGUGAAGAGGACGGUCAGGUGUUCUUCAGCCUCGACGACGGCGCCACCAAGUUCACCGACUUGAUCCACCUGGUGGAGUUCUACCAGCUCAACAGAGGAGUGCUGCCCUGCAAGCUCAAACACCCGUGCACCGCCGUGGCCUUGUGACACUCCACACCCCACAACACCUCCGCCCCCUUUUUUGCACACCUCUCACCCUGAGACCCCGACCCCCAUCUGCCCCUCCCUCACCAACGCAACGAGGUCGAGGAGAAAAAAGAGAAAAGUUAAGUCAAGUGUUGGGGAUGUGAGCGACUCAGCAGGCGUCGGAGGUUUGAUCCCCCCGACGCUCCGGAGCUUUUCUCCGCCUUACUUACCGCUGUUUGGAUGUUUAAACGUUCAGGCAGUUCGAGAGCUGCAGAUUGUGGAUCCGACUCCUGUGACGGAGACUCGAUUGUUUCGUCAUUGCCAUUUUGACCCUGGAGACCACAAACACAAGACAGCUAAGGUCUGUUCAGCAGGAGUGAUGCGGGUCUUCUGGAUGGACCCCCUCCCUCAGAGUCCCUCACCCUCCAACCUCCCUCGUCCUCCAGGCCUGAUAAGCUGUGGUGCCCGCCCCACCCUCGCCCCCUUCGCUAUCGAGGCGGGCGGGGAGCGCCACCCUCUGACUUCCUCAUCGAUCAUCAGGGAUGGACGGGAACCUCUCUGGGUCUUUAUCAAACUCGAUCCAGGAGUUUUCUCAACCUGUGCAGUCCAGUCUGGAUAAGCUGACACCCUCGUCCCCCGUCCCGACACCCGAGCGGGGCUUGAAGCGGCCUCUCGGCUGCGUCCUGUCCCAAACCCCCCUACCACCCCCCCUCCCAGUGCAACCCACGAUCCCGCCUCUCCUCUUCCACAGAAGCUCAGAGAAAAGUCUGGAGAGAAGUAGCUAACGGCAAGAUAAGCAGAGCAGUGUGGAGGGUUUGCUGAAAGGACAGAGGAAUGUUUAUCAGGAAGGCUGUAACAAGCCUCUCUUGUAGAGUUGAUUACUUGAUGUCAUUUUAAUGCUGUUUUAUUACUGUUGAUUCAAUGCAGAACUAGUUUUGCACUCCCGGGCGGACAGACGACAGCUGUUCUCUCUAGCUAAAUGAAGCUGCCUGCUCUCCGUUCGUCCUCCUCCUCCACCUCCUUCUGAAAAGCAAAGCAUGUGAAUUUCCACCAGUUGUGAUUGGAUUACAGUGGCGUGGGAGCAAAGAGAGUUAGGGCUGAAUAUGCAGUGCCUUUCACGAAGGUUUGGGGACAUCUUUGACCUCCGUAUGGCUGAACCAUCACCACCAUGCUUUGGUAAAAUCGAAUGUGCAUCUCGAGACCGUGAUGAUGAGGAGGAAGACUGUUAAAUAGACUCCUGAAAAGUGUGUCCACCCCCAAGCUUCUACCAUCUUUUUUCUAAAAUUGAAAGGGUUAAAUCUGUUGGUGAAUUUGUCUUUUGAAUGUCAUUUUCUUUUCCUAAGUCUGUUCGGAGCUCCCUGCUUGCACAUUUUUAAUUAUUGAUUUGAUAUUGAUGGGUUGGAGCUGUCAUGUUCGGAUUCUGACCACUGUUCCCUCACUCCAGAAAAGACAAAUCAACAAAAGCACUCCCAGAACGUUUUUUUUUUGUUUUGUUUUUUGUUUGUUUUAAUAUGGAAUUGAUCAAAAUGACUUGAAAUGUGAACUCAGUUGAUUGUGCGUUAACACACAGUGGAAUGAGUUUCACUCGCCUUAAGUGAAAAUUGUGAGCCUUGUGUAUGAAAUCGAAGCUAUAUUAUAAUGCACAUACAGUAACAUAAGUCAGAUAACAAAGAGGAUGGAGUAACAUCAGGAGAGUUAAAGAUUUUAGAUAGUUUAACAUUUUUGGAAAUAUUCUUUCACUUCCGAGAGUUAGAUGGGAAGAUGGAUACCACUCAUGUUUGUACGCAGAAUAUGAAGCUACAGCCAGCAGCUGGUUAGCUUAGCUUAGCUUAGCAUAAAGACUGGAAGCAAAGCAAAACAGCUUAAAUUGUCAGUACAAAGGUGACAAAAUCCACCUAUCAGUACCUAUAAAGUAGAGCCCGACCGAAGCUGGCGACCUUAUUUUAUCAGCCAAUAUUGGCCUAUCACACACUGCAAAAAAAGAAAAGUUGGGUGAACUCAAAAUUUCAAGGCAACAAACUUCGAUAAAAUUUAAGUUGGACAAUUAAACUAAAUAUUUUAAGUGUUGUUUUUGAGUUUUCUCAACUCUGAAUUCAGAUUUUUGUCAACUCAACUGUAAAUUGUACUAACUUAUAAUUUGACAUUGUAAUAACUUUUAAUCCUUAAUUCUGCUAACUUCUGCAAUGUGCUGAAUUGGCACGAUUGUAACACCGCUAUGAAAUGUUAGCUAAUGUUGUGACCACAAUUUUGAGUUAGCAUUGAUACGCUAAUGGCUACUCUUGUAGCUGUAACAAGCAGCACCGCUAGCGUCAGUUAGCCGCUAGCAUCAGUUAGCCGCUAGAAUCAGUUAGCCGCUAGCUUUGAUACGCUAAUGGCUACUCUUGUAGCUGUAACAAGCAGCCCUGCUAGCAUCAGUUAGCUGCUAGCAUCAGUUAGCCGCUAGCUUUCGCUAAUGACCGAAUUUCACCUCUUUCCCGCAUUUCACAACAAAGAAAUAAGAGUUAUCAGAACUAUUGUCCCUUGUUUUGAACCCCAACUUAAAGAUAUAAGCAACAACAACUCACCAACUUGUUUUUGAGCAGACAACUGGCUUCCUUUGUUGUGCUAACUUACAUUAUUGCCCUAAAUGUCAAUAAUUUAUAUUUCCAAGUUUUACCAACUUAAAUCACUGUUUUAGGCCAAAAAGUACAAGUUGGCUUUUUUUGCAGUGCAGAUAUAUCCGUAUUAUGGCGUACGAAAAUAAUAUUUUGAGAAAAAAGUUGACGAGAUUAAAGUGGCAAUACGAGAAAAAAAAUGCAGGUGUUGCAAAAAAGUUGCUUUUUUCCCACUUUUUUCCAAUAAAUCCAGCAUCAGUCGUGCUCUACUAUAAAUGAAAAUGUUAUAUAUUGUUGAAAAUGAGUGGUUUUACCAGUCACUUCCUGAGCUAAGCUAGCCCGCUGUUGGCUGACCACAAUAGGAAUAAGUGUUUGACUUUACUGUGUAAAAUAAACUCAACUAAAGACAUGACAUUGGUGUCAAUCUACCCAUCUAAAUCUAAAGCAAAUAAGUAUAUUUCUCAAUAUGUUGAACUAUUUUUAAACACUUGAACAUGAUUCCGAAAACAGGUACUGGUGAUGCAACCUCACAUUUCUGGGCCUAUUUUCCUGUUGGGUGCUGUACUUCUCUUACUUCUGAAGAGAACUGGCUAAAAUGUAACAUCACACCCAGAUAUUUCCAGCAGCUCAUGGGAGUUUUCUAGCAUCAGGUUGUGGUGUCAGUCCCUCGCAGUCAAACAGUCAGGACAGCUCUCUGGAACAGACAUUUUGUAAUAAUCGUACAAGGGAAAAAAAGAUAAUUGGAAGCCAUUUUUCAUACCAGCAGUCGCCUCAGUUGACCAGAAUGCCUUGCAGCCAUCAGACUUGCUGUUAGUAAGGAGCUAUACAAGUUUAUAAUUAUUUUGAGGUGAAAAUUAGAAAUAUAAUUGGCAACAUUUUGGGAAAAUCAAGUUUUUUGGGGGGCAAAAAUGCCACAAAUAUGAUGCUUCAAGCUUCUUUUUUUCAUCUGCUUCUUCUCCUUUUCAUAGUAAACUGAACCUCUCUGGGCUUUGGACUGUCAGAUGAAAAAAAAACGUCACAUUGGGAUCAAGGAAGUUGUGAGGGACAUUUUUCGCAAUUAAUCAGUACAUUAAAGGAACAGUUUAUCCAUAAAAGCAUGUCCCUCUUACCUGUAGUGCUAUAAAUCUAGAUUGUUUUGGUGUAUCAGCCUUCUCUUGAAUAUAAUGAUGGCCAAAAAAUGCAUUUGAAAAACUCAACAGCAAUGUUGUUUUCAAGAGAUCAUGACCCAGUUUCUUAAGAUAAUCCACAGACCUUUUUGUGAUUUCAUAUAGGUAUUAUUCUAGAAUGAAAAUUGUUCUACAUGAAACUGCUCACAACAUGUUCAUGGAUUAUUUUAAGUAACUGGGUAGGGUUCACAUCUCAACAUCUUGCACCAAAACUAUCUAGAUUGAUAAUAUCACUGCAGAGAAGAGAAAAAAUAUGUAUUUUUGAAUGUUGGGUUGAACUGCCCCUUUAACCCUUUAUCAGGCAAAUAACUAUAUUUGGUAACUUCAGGUAAUAUUUCGAGAAAAAAGUUGCAAAUUUACUAGAUUAAAGUGGCAAAUCUACAAGAAAAAAAGUCGCAGAUUUAA